AGCGAAAAACAAAUCGUGAGUGAGAAUCAACUUCAUAGUGCAUUCCCAAAAUGGCCGUAUUUACUUACUUAGACUUAAUUUUGUAAUUAAAUUGCGUGAAAAAAAAAUAACAAGCGCAAAAUUAAAGUGCACAAAGUGUAUUGUUUGUAUAAAUGUGGUCAUUUAUUUAAAUUUCGACUAAAACAUUAACCACAAGAUCUUUUUGUAAAGAAUCAAUCAAUCGGUGAAAUCAUCAUAAUCAUCGCAAUCGACAACACCAUCAUCAUCAGUGUAAGAUGUCACGUUGGGGUAAAAGCCGCACAGUACCAUCGUAUGCGUUGCCAUUAGAUGCUUUACUCAAAGAAAAGGAAAACACAAAUCGUCCAGUUGCCGCCCGAUCAGCUGGAACUGUGGGAAAAUGGGGUGUCACAAGUUUUACAUCAAUGCGAGCACGUCCGGUUUACGGAUUCGCAUCGUUUAGCCCAAAUCAAGAUGCAUCAUUGCAGUAUGCACAAUUUUCGCCGAAAUCGUUGAUCGAAGGUGGAAUCACGAAUACGGUUCAAUCACCAACCAAUACUAAUAGCAAUACGGUUGCAAAACCAAAAAAGUUUUUCAAAAGUCGUAAUUCAGUGCCUGAUGCAAAUGCGCUUGUCGCUGCAUUAUCUGAAUCUCAGGUGGCAGCAGCCGUCAUGGGCUCACCAUCGAAUGUUACAUCAUAUUAUUCCAGUCCAGCUGCAGCGUAUCAACAGCAACAAGAAUUCCAACAACACCAUCAGCAGCCGUAUGCCGAAAAGAAAAAGCGAAAGAAAAAAGUUGGAGAACCUGCAAAGAAAUUGAAGGCUGAAAAGCCACCGAAAGUGGAAAAAGCACCAAAACCGGCGAAACCAGAAAAAUUGCCAAAGGCAACGAAGAAAAAGCCAAAAGCAAAUGAAAAAAUUGUCGAAGCGCCGAAACCGACACGGGUGUUGUCUCGAACGAGGAAAGUUGUUAAUUAUUCCGAAGAUCAAAGUCGAAGCCCGCCACGAAGUUCAAAAAUAUCAAACGAUACACCAAAUACGGAACAUUUUUCGAACGAUGUUGUGACAUCGUCAAUUCAUGGAGCCGAAACAAUCUCAAACAAUUACUAUAAUUCAAAUGAACAGAAUUUAUCAGCAAUUCCAACGCAACCAUAUCAAGAUGAACAACCGAAUCCAGGUGAUUCACCGUCAAAACAUUGUGGACCGCCAAUCGUUUUGCGAAUUUCAAAAGGUACCUCUCGACUUAUCAGUACAGAUAGUGAGGGCAUAGCCGGAUCACCACCAUAUUUAUCACCAACUCAACAAACCGUUACAAAUCCACAACAAUCAAAUCCUAAUUAUUCGACAUCUGCAUCCUUAGUAGCAGUUUUAUCAGACGAUUCAAGCGUUCAAAAACAAACGACCAGCACUUCUAUCAGCUAUACACCUAACGAAGCACCAUUCGAACAAACAACUACAACUGUUGUCACAACAAAGACAAAGAGAGAAAAGGCCAAACCAAAAGCCGAGCCAAUUAAAUUAAAAAUCAAGACAAAUGCUCGUUUAAGGAAUAAUUCUGAUUUGGCGGAACCGACCGAAGAACCAGAACCGUACAGAGCACGAAGUACGAGGCGUACCACACCACAACAUACGGCGACAGGAAAUUUGUCAGAAGAAUUUAUUCCAGCGCAUGGAACAGCCAAUUACGAACUCUAUCGAACGCUUACCGAAUCACCGCCUCCACAGCCCCAAUCAGAUCCAACACAAUUACAUUACGCGAGCAGCUACUCAUCAAAUCCAAAUCAAUUUUCACCGGAAUAUCAAAAUUUCACCACUUCACAAUUAAAUCAAGCAAAUAAUCAAUCACCAGAAAUUGAUGCACAAACUAGUAAUACAAAUAGCGAUACAGAACGUGGCAUUUUACCGAAAAAACGAAGGGGAAGGAAUAAAACAAAGUUUGACACAAAUACGGAAACAGUUCAACAAGAGCCUGUACAGAAGAAGCAACGUGGCCGAAGGAAGCACGAUGAUCAAUUGCCCACCGAGGUGAUCGAACCCACUGUACCAUCAAACGAAUUUGUUAAUAUUUAUCAAAGUCAAAAUCAACCAAUUGAAGAAGUCAGCGAAAAUUACCCGAAGAAACGAAUCACCGCUGCAGCAAAGAAGCAAUACAAAGACGAAGACGUAUUUUUGACGGAACAAACGGUUAUUUUGCCGCCACAAAUUGUGGACACACCUCAAACCGAAGAAAUAACAAACAGUGAACGAACAACGGUCAAUCGUCGUGGAAGAAAGGCCAAGGGAAAAGUUAAUCAAAAUACAGCAAACACCGACCAAAUGUCACAAUCAGAGGUUUCAAAUCGACCAACUCGUAUAACGAGACACACCGCCAAUGGAAAUAUGACCAGAGAAAAGGACCAAAUUCCCGAAUCAGUACCGUUAACUACAACAAGAAGCUAUGGACGUAAACGUAAAUUGGUUUCAGAAGAAACGUCUGAUUCAGCACCAGUACCACAAACAAACACACAAUCAUCAUCAGACACCACAUCAUUAUCGUUACCAAAGUCUGACAAACAAACUGACUCAAAUGCAAUCAAUUUGCAAUUGCCAUUCGAAGAACCACCAAAUGAAUCACACGAUGAACAAAAGAAAGUGCGAAACCGAACGAAACGACAAAAUCAAAACCAAUUUAACGGCAGUCAUGACCAACAACAAAAAGCAUCGAACAAUAACGAUACAUCGACAUCAUUUGAAGUCGAUCAGACGGAAAAAAAUGAAGAGAACUUCGAAAAGCCUGUAAAACUAGUUAUAUCGAAGAAAAAAGGUAGCAUUUUCAAGAGCCGUGCAAUUGAAACCGAUUCAGGUGAAAGUACCAAACAAAAACGACAUGUGUACAAACAUAAAUGGGACGAUGAUUCGCCCGAAGAAAAAGGAUCAGCCAAUGAUCCGAAAGGUGGCAAUCCGCCAAGCAAUACAUUCGAAGCUGAUUUUGAUAUGGAAGAUGAUACGCCAUCGUUGGGCUCACUGAGCGGUUCAAAUUCAAAUACAUUGUCAAAAUUCACACGAAAUGUACCUGAUGAUGAUUUGCGCAUUCGAAAUGUUAAGAAAGCGCAUCAAAUGCAGGAAAUCGGCGAAUUCCAAGAAAUGGAUGACGAUGUUGAAUACAUUCUCGAAUCGCUAAAAUCACAAAAUCCAAUAGCCACACGAAGCUUGGCCGCAAUUCAAUUGGCAUUGAAAUGUAUGACGCCCGCAUUUCGUAUGCAUGUCAGAGCCCAUGGUACGGCCACAAAAUUCUUCAGCGCUCUACACGAUGCAACACAAAACCAAAGUUUGGGCUUAUGCACCGCAACAAUUAUGUUUGUAUUGAUUCAAGACAAUUUAAAUAUGGAUUUGGACAAACAUUCGCUUGAAUUGAUGUUGAAUUUGCUGGACUCUGACAUAAGUCGUAAGAAUAAUUAUAAAGAAACCGGUCUCACUGACGAACAAUCGCACCGAAAUGAACAAAAAGUCAUUGAAAUUUGUCGUGAAAUUAAGAAUCAAGGCAAAGCUGAACAUUUGAAUUUGGACAACAUUUCUAUUGGUACAUUGGCCAUGGAAACACUGUUGACACUAACAUCAAAACGGGCUGGCGAAUGGUUUAAGGAUGAAAUGCGCAAGCUUGGUGGCCUUGAACAUAUCAUCAAUACGAUAUGUGAAUGUUGUAAACAGAUCUCGGAUUAUGUGAUGGAGUGGACUGAAACAUUGUUGGAAAAAUUGCGAAAAAUCGAACGUUGCUUACGGGUAUUGGAAAAUGUAUCGGAACGGAAUGAAGAGAAUCAGAAGUAUAUUCUGCAUUACAAAAAUGGAGAAGCGAUCGAAACACUUGUUAAAUUUUAUAAAUUGUGCGAUAGUGAAAUUGCUAUGUUUCCAACAAAUGAUGCAUCAGCGGCCGGCGAACCAGGUGUCGUGCUACGUGAAGCUCUUGUGCCUACGCUAAAAGUUCUUAUCAAUUUAACACAUACAUUCAACAAUAAGCCUUUGGGAUCUGUUCUAUUUGGACAAAAACCAAUUAUUUUCGAUACGUGUUUACAUUUACUGUUCCAAGCACAUCAAUACAUACCAGAAAAAUGCGUUUUUGAACUGAGUCUUUUAGUAUUAUUGUUGCUCAUUAACUUAGUUUCAUACUCGGUCGAAAAUCGCAAAAUCAUUAUGGAAGCCAAUGCUCCCACUGAUUUUGGAAAUCAGCACAAUAAAACACUGGCUACCCGAGCUCUCAUCGACUACUUCUACAAAUACGAAGAAUUGGCAAGACUUGUUGAACAAAACACCGACGACAUUUUGAACAAUCCAGAAAAAUGUGACAAAAACAAAUACAAAUCUCAGGAAGAUGUGGAAGAAACGGUUUCAAAGCUGUUGCAAAAAGCUGGGAAUCAUAUGGAACACACAUUUUUAGCGAGUUACGUUUGCUUACUGAUUGGAAAUUUGAUAAUGGAAUGCAAGCAGCACGAGGUGGAGGUGCGAAAAAUGUUACGCAGUCAAAGUUUCGUCGACAUGGUUCAAAUCACCGAAAAAUACUACAAUUUCUUGAAUCUAACGGCCAGUUCGGAGCAAAUUCAUGUAAAGCAUAUGAAAGAGACCAAACGAAUCAUUCAAUUCAUGAAAGAUUGUGAUUUACAUCCGAAUGACGAAGCAAAUACGAAUGCCGAGCAGCAAUCAGUUUCAGUGCAACAAACAUCGUAUUCAUCGGCGAAUACUUACAAUGCACCAAACACUUAUUCAUCCACAUCAAAUGAAAAUCGUUGGGCCAGUAACAGCAAUACGAACACAAAUAACACUAGCAACAGCUUAUUUAAUAAACUUUACUUUUCAGGUAGAUAAUUAUGAAACCAAAAAUUGUAAAGCGAUAGGCAAAUCCAGUUAUACACAAUUUUAGUGGUUAAGUUUAAAGAUUUACAAUGCGUUGUCUUUACCACACACAUGAGAAUUAGAUGAGAUUGAGAGAGAGAGCAUUGAAACAUUGAUUUAUAGCAAUCUAAAGAUAUUAGGAUUUAUACUAAAAAAAAUGUACAAAACUGACGACGAUCAUUUCUCUGAAAUUCAAAGAAAAACAAAGUAAUCGAAUGAGUCCAAUUGUUCGCUUGAACUAAGGUAAAAUAAUGUUCUGUUUGUGUGUUACACACUCUGUAUAUCUAUAUAUAUAUAUAUUUGAAAACGUCGAACAAACUGAAAGAAUUUGUUUGGUUCACUUCCUCUGUGUGAAAGGAAAAUGUGGCUUUUAACAUGUGUUUGGACUUGUUAUAGCAUUGAAUGUGCUUUUAUCAUCAUUUUAAAUAUAUUGUAAAACAUUCGAUUGAUUUCUGUUUAUAUCGUAAUUCUGAAAGAACUCUGUGGAAUAAAUUGACGGAAUGCUUCUUUUAUUUCAUAAAAAAUCGACAUUUUAACACGAAACUCUCAAUGAUUUGUGCAUUUAAUAAUUCAUUUAUUUAUUCAUUUACAUCAAAUCAACAAUAAUAACAAAUGAUCACAAAUCAAACCAAAAAAAAAAAAAAACACG